AUGGCCUGGCCGGAGAUUGUCUACGUGGAGCUGCCCAACGGGCGAACCGUCACCGUCUGCGCACCUCACCAGAUGGUGACCUGCGGCAAAUGCUGCCUCGACUUCAGCGAUGACUACUCGGACAACAACUUCUUGGAAGAAGAUGGCUUCAAUGACGAAGACGAGCUCUUCGGCUACGAUCUCAACUCCAUGCCCCGGGAGGUCAGCGUCGCCCAAGUUGCGAGCAGCCGGCACGGCCGCCCUGUGAGAUCUGCUCCGGAAUCAUUGAAAACCGCAAGCAUUGAGAACGUGGAAGAUGGCAAAUCCGACAGCCCUCUUUGCCUUGCCAACCCGUUCUUUCUCUGUGCAGUAUUUCCAAAGCCUUCCGAAUCCGAGAACAAAAGCAACAUUACCGAGGCCCGCCCCUACCCCUACGCCCCUGAGAAGACCAAGCACUCCGGCAUCGUGUUCGCCUCAAGGUUCAGCCAGCACAACAAAACGCCCCUCUCACCCGAGAGCCUCUUCCCCACCGGCCACAGCGUCCUGGCCCUCCCAGCAGUCACACGCUUCAUCAACCGGGACGACGCCUCCGAGUGCCUGAUCUAUACGGACGGCGCCUGCUCCGACAACGGCGCCGCCAACGCCCGCGGAGGCUGUGCCUUUAUCUUCAAGCCGAUCUGCGCCAACGACCAGAGCGGUAGCGUCGCCUUCAAACUCGAGGACCGCGGCCCAGACGGUCAGGUGUAUCGCCAUACGAGCAACCGUGCCGAGCUACGCGCCGUCAUUGCAGCGCUGCGUUUCCGUGCGUGGUACGGAGAGGGGUUCAAGAGCAUCGUCAUCGCCACGGACUCGGCCUACGUCGUCGACGGCGCCACGGACUGGACUCGCGCCUGGAUCAAGAAGGGCUGGCGGCUGACUACCGGCAAGCCUGUCAAAAACCGCGACCUCUGGGAGGCGUUGCUGCUUGACGUCGAGAAGCUGCACGACCGCAACGUCAAGGUCCGCUUCUGGAAGAUACCGCGCCAGUCCAACAACGCCGCCGACAGGGCUGCCAAGCGCGCGGCUUCCACCCUUCAGCCGACAGAGGAGUUUACCGAUAUCAUGGGCGUUCUUGUGUAG